AUGCUUUACUUAGAAGAUUAUGUUGAAAUGAUUGAGCAUUUGCCUCAGGAACUGAGGGACCGAUUCACGGAGAUGCGUGAAAUGGACCUAGGUGUUCAGAAUUCGAUGGACAGUUUGGAGAAAAAAGUAAAAACCUUUUUCGGUAAUGCCAAAAAAAUGAAACCCAAUGAGAAGGACUCCGAGUAUGAAGCUAUUAGGAAAGAAUAUUACAAAACUUUAGAGGAUGCUGAUGAAAAAGUUAAUUUAGCAAAUUCGAUGUACGAUUUGGUGGAUAGAUAUCUUAGGAGGUUGGAUCAAGAGCUCCACAAAUUUAAAAUGGAGCUUGAGGCUGACAAUAAAGGAGUGACGGAGAUUCUAGAGAAGAGAUCUUUGGAGCUUGAUCAGCCACCGACAAACACAUCAGUGGAGAAGCGCUUAGCCGCUGAAAAAUUGACCUCAAGUAUAUCCGAGCCUCGUCCAACCUCAGCCAACUCAGGAACGCUGAUAGCAGCUGCUAAUCUGACUCCCCCGACUGCUAGCGUCAAUCCAGUUACCAACGUCAGCUACAAUUUAGGACACAUAGGUGCUGGUGGGAACGCCAUCGCGGCUGCAGCUUCUCAGGCCAUCGCGGCAACCCAGCAGAUGCAGCAAGGCCGACGAACUGCCAGUCUCAAGGCCAGCUACGAGGCAAUAAACACAGGUGGUGGUGUCCACGCCGCUGAAUUUAGCAAAGAACUCGCUGGAGCCGCGCAAACUGCCAUCGCUGCGAUACAGGAGACCACCAAAAAACACAAAAAAAAAGUGACUACGGUAUCGAGCUCAAGCGUAAUUGGAGCAGCUGCUCAGCCAGCAGUAUCUCCAUCAAUUGUAACCACACCAGUAGCCACUGCCAUUACUGAUCCUGAUAAUCCUGACUGGACUUAUGAUCCAAAUGAACCACGUUACUGUAUUUGUGACCAAGUAUCCUAUGGCGAUAUGGUUGCUUGUGAUAAUGCUGAUUGCCCCCGUGAAUGGUUUCAUUAUCCAUGUGUGGGUAUUACAGCAUCACCAAAAGGAAAAUGGUAUUGUCCACAAUGUACGUCUUCAAUGAAAAGACGUGGAGGCCGGAAAACUUAA